ACAUACACCACUUCAAGACUCGGUUAGAUGCUGGCUCUUGAUCAAAUGGGAGCUAUUCAAGUGCUUGCCAAACGUCUCCUCAAAGCACAAGGCGUAGACGAAGAAAGCAAUCAAGGAGGCAGCCAAACAAUAGGGUUUCACACAGAAACGAAGUCCUCGCCUUCUGCAAGGUUUACCCUCGAUCUUCAACAUGCGACCAUUCGGUACCUAGACCAUGGACGUCAUUCUUCGCUACCAAUCAAUACUUGACAUCAUACAAAACCACGCACCAUAUCACAAACAAAGUCCCAGACUUCCGACAGCGGGAUCACAAAUGUCCCGUCGUCAAUCGGCUCCGGCGUCGGCGGCCGGUAGGAUACCGAUACGGGCCGUCGCACAUGCAAUAAACGUGGCUCCGUCCAAGGCAGAUGCUCAAAAACACGCAAGAUGUGAACAAACACGGCAAUUGAGCAGAAUAGAGGGGAAAAAAACGAUGUCACGUAAACGUUAGAAGCCCACAUAACAUUGUUUGCCCGUCGAUAUGUUUAGCAACACCAUGCAUGACGGGGCGUGAUGCAAGUCAUGAGCUGAGGGAAGAUCCCUGCCGAGGCCUUCUGGGGUUCCACAGGCCUAGAUCUCUAGCGGUCAAUGCCAUCGGACAGCGCUGUGAAAUGUCAACGAGGCAAUCGCCCGCAGACCGCUCUCUUGGGGUCAACUGAUAGCCGUCAUUGGAAAUUGUUUGUGGUACGCUUAAUAAACGUGUAUAUCCGGAACUUAUUGACAGAAACGUUGCGUACGGUGAAUGAGAGGUAAAGCCACCUGCCGGUCACUGUAACAGGGUCCAGCCUGUGCCUCUCACCGUG